CGGGAACGAUCAAUAAAGAGAGAGAGAGAAUGAAGAGUAUAGUGGAAAAUGAUGAUGGCGGUGUUGAGCUUAAUAAUGAAAACAACUGGUUGGGGUUUUCACUCUCUCCACACCAUCAUGUUGAUUCUUCUUCUUCCUCUUCUGCUGCUUCUGUUCCUCCAACAAGCUUCUACAUGAACCACCAUGCUUCUCAUCUUAGCAGCUAUGGAUUCUACUACGGAAUUGAACCUGACAACAAUAAUAGUAACGUUAGCCUGUAUUCUGGUUUUCCAGUUAUGCCCCAUAAAUCUGAUGGCACCCUCUACGGAAUGGAGCCUCUCAUCAACAGGUCACACCCACAACAAGUGAUUGGUUCAAGUUCAACGCCAAAACUGGAGAAUUUGUUAGGUGGCGGCGAUUUGAUGGAGACACCUCAUCAUCACUAUGAAUGUAGUGUAGGUGUAGCGGAAGCAAUGCCUCUCAGCCUGGACACCAUUUUUCACAGAAACAACAACCACCAACCACACUUGUCAUACUACCAGGGGCUUCUAGAAGGUUCCAACAAGCAAAGUACGCAAGCUUCAGACAAUCUCAAGAACUGGGGGGUGAUUGAGGUGAAUAAUAAUGGAGGUGGUGAAUUAUUAGGAGCUUCUUCAAUUGGAACAAUGAGUUAUGGGGGGGAGUUGCAGUCUUUGAGCUUGUCAAUGAGUCCGAGCUCGCAAUCGAGCUGCGUCACGAGUUCGCAGCAGCGUGUGAGUGUUGUUGGCAGCAUGGAUGCAACAAAGAAGAGGGGUUCUGAAAAGGUUCAACACAAGCAUAUUGUUCAUAGAAAAUCCAUUGACACGUUUGGCCAAAGAACCUCACAGUAUAGAGGUGUAACAAGGCAUAGAUGGACUGGUAGAUAUGAAGCACAUCUAUGGGACAAUAGCUGCAAGAAAGAAGGCCAAAGUAGGAAAGGAAGGCAAGGGGGUUAUGAUAUGGAAGAAAAAGCUGCGAGAGCUUAUGAUAUGGCGGCACUCAAGUACUGGGGACCCUCCACGCACAUUAACUUCCCUUUGGAAAAUUAUCAAAAUCAACUUGAGGAAAUGAAGAACAUGACCAGACAAGAAUAUGUUGCUCAUUUAAGAAGAAAAAGCAGCGGAUUCUCAAGGGGAGCUUCAAUGUACAGAGGAGUAACUAGGCAUCACCAACAUGGAAGGUGGCAAGCUCGAAUUGGAAGGGUAGCUGGAAACAAAGAUCUAUAUCUUGGAACCUUCAGCACACAAGAGGAAGCAGCAGAAGCUUAUGACAUUGCAGCCAUAAAAUUCAGAGGGGUUAAUGCCGUAACAAACUUUGACAUAACAAGAUAUGAUGUCGAAAAAAUCAUGGCAAGCAACAACCUUCUAAGCAGUGAGCUAGCACGGCGGAACAAAGAGGUUCUCGUUGGCAGAGCCGGCAAGUUUAGUAACAACCUUGAUAACCAAAGCCAAGAAUCGAUUCUAAUGCAAAUCAGCCAGAGCCAGCCAAGACUGGAGGCAAUAGACAAUGUGUUUUUUCAAGAAGUGGAGGAUCCGAGCAAGAUUUAUGCGCAUUUGCAUAAUGCGCAUGCAUCGGAUCCUUCUUCGCUGGCAACGAGCUUGAACAGCUCAAGAGAAGGUAGCCCUGAAAACAGGACAAGCUUGCCAAUGCUCUCUGCCGGAGGAGUAGCUUCUACCAAGCUAUUGGCAGCCGCGGCAACUAUUCCGGUGCUUUCUUUGCCUCAGAUGCCCGUUUUUGCCGCUUGGACAGAUGCUUAGACAUACUCUUCCCCUUCAUUUAAUUAAUUACCUGUUAAGUGAAAUUUCAAGCUUCCUUUUUUUAAUUAUUAUUAUUAGUGAAUCAUGAACAAUAGUACAUGAAGGGGUUGUUGGUGGUCUAGGUGAAAAGAAGUUGGCGGUUUAUUUUCAAGUCUUUUGCAUUUCAGCAUUUCACUAGUAAAAAAUUCCAAAAUUUUCAUAUCCUUA